AUGUCAUGCCCCCCAACUUCCAAUCCUGUUGACUUUAGCCCAUUUGAUACUUCAUUUCGAAUGCCAGCUUAUAAUCCGGAUGACCCGAGGCAAGCGGCGCCAUCGUCGUCAAAUGUGCCAACCCCUGCAAUUGACGAACAAAAUGUCAGCAGUACAUCACCGAGUACUGAUGCACAUUUGCAUGAUGCUGACGAGUUGUUCUUCGACUUAAAUGAAGAUUUGGAGGGUAUCACUAUUGUCGAAGAUGAUGAGUUGAGGGUUGAAGAGCCAAGAUCAGGCAUGGAGUUUGAAAGUGUGAAUGAGCUGACGGCCUACUAUAAGCAAUAUGCGAAGCAAGAGAGUUUUGGUGUACGGACACAGAGAACUAGAAAAGAUGAUGAGGGGAGGCCUGUUUAUGUGACCGUUGGUUGCGCCCGUGGCGGAAAGUACCAACCUAAUAGUAGUAAUAUCUCGAAGCCACGACCAAUAAUCAGAAUAGAUUGUAAAGCGAGAGUAAAUGCUACGUUGAGCAAGAAUGAAAAGUGGGUUUUCACAACUGUUAAAAAUGUGCACAACCACAUAACUGUGAGCCCCAAGAAAACCAGACUGUUGCGAUCGCACAAGUUUCUAGUCGAAUAUAGCCAAAGGAUCCUGGACCUGAAUGAUCAAGCCGGUAUAAGAAUGAACAAAAAUUUUAAUUCUCUUGUUGUUGAUGCGGGGGGUUAUGAGAAUUUAACUUUUCAAGAGAAAGAUUGUCGGAAUUUCAUUGACAAGGCAAGAUAUUUACAGUUGGGUAAAGGAGGUGGCGAAGCACUUAAUCAUUAUUUCCAAAGAAUGAGAGACCGGAAUGAUGACUUCGUUUCUAACACGGACGUGGAUGAUGAUGGUAGGCUACGAAAUGUGUUUUGGGCUGAUGCUCGUAGUCGAGCAGCUUAUGAAUAUUAUGGCGACAUUGUAACUUUCGAUACUACGUACCUAACAAAUAGGUACUGGAUGUCUUUUGUCCCAUUUGUUGGUGUUAAUCAUCAUGGGCAGCCCAUAUUAUUAGGGGCGGGAUUGAUUUCAACCGAGGACACACAUACUUUUGUCUGGUUGUUCCAAAUGUGGUUGGAUUGUAUGAAUGGUCGGGCCCCCCACGCCAUCAUAACCGACCAAGAUCGGGCAAUGAAGAAUGUUAUUGCCAUUGUAUUCCCCGAAACUCGUCAUAGAUAUUGUUUGUGGCAUAUCAUGCGGAAACUUCUAGAGAAGUUAGGAUCUCACGCCAAAUUCUCAGCGGGGUUGAAGACUGACAUUCAACUUGCAGUAUAUGACUCACAGACCACAUCAGAAUUUGAGGCAAGUUGGGGUGAACUACUUAGAAAGUAUGAUCUGGUUGGCAAUAAAUGGCUUCAGGCCUUAUUCGAGGAAAUGUCUUUUUGGGUUCCGGCUUAUUUGAAAACUGAAUUUUGGGCGGGUAUGAGUACGACUCAAAGGUAG